CGAUUUAAUUAGCUUCUCUGCCGCUGUGGAUCCUGCUCUUAAUUAUAUAUAUAUAUGAUGGCGGCGGAACAUGGAUGGGCGGUGAAGUCGUCGAGAACGUCGGCGUCGGGUGGCGUUUCCUCGGAGAUGCUUUUGGAGGAUCACCAGGAGAAGCACUUCACUGCCAGCGAUGUCGUGCGCGACGUCAUCAUCGGUGUCUCGGACGGCCUCACCGUCCCCUUUGCCCUCGCCGCCGGCCUCUCCGGCGCCAACGUUCCCUCCUACAUCAUCCUCACCGCUGGACUCGCCGAGGUCGCCGCCGGCGCCAUCUCCAUGGGCCUCGGCGGGUAUCUAGCGGCGAAAAGCGAGGCGGACCAUUACAUGCGAGAACUCAAGCGUGAGCAGGAGGAGAUUAUUGCCGUACCCGACAACGAGGCGGUGGAGAUCGCGGAGAUCCUGGCGAAGUACGGCCUGGAGCCUCACGAGUACGGGCCGGUGGUGAACUCCCUGCGGAAGAACCCGCAAGCCUGGCUCGAGUUCAUGAUGAAAUUUGAGCUAGGAUUGGAGAAGCCAGAUCCGAAGAGAGCAUUACAAAGCGCGCUGACGAUCGCCGUGUCCUACAUGGUGGGCGGUGUGGUGCCCCUGCUGCCCUACGUCUUCAUCCCCACCGCCAUGAAGGCCAUGUUUGCGUCCAUUGGCGUGACGCUGGCAGCGCUGCUCUUCUUCGGCUACGCGAAGGGCCGCUUCACCGGCGACCGGCCGCUUCUGAGCGCGAUCCAGACCGCCUUCAUUGGAGCCGUGGCCUCCGCCGCCGCCUACGCCAUGGCCAAGGCCGUCCAAGCCAGCUGAUGCAGUUGACAGUCAGAAUGUGCGUAGGUGCUGCAUGUUAAUCAAGUGUUGCAAAAUUUGCACGCAUAGGAUGGUCGCUCUAUGUGUCAAACCUAUGGCUAUAUAUCAGAGUCAGCCAGAUAUAAAUAGUAUCUAGUUGUAUUUGUAUGGAUUUGGGACGCUUUAUUUGUCCAUAAUGGG